ACGUGAUCGAGGAGCCCUGAAGCCUCCCCCGUCGACUCUAUUCGAUAGCAUUACUUUGUUAGGAAAUCUUCCAAACCAUCGCAUCCACCAGAUUCUCAACUCUCUACACUCCCAUACACUCCACUUCGACCGGCAUCAAACCGCAUACCAACGCACCAACACGCAACCGCUCCCUCGCUGAUCCGCACUCGUUGCGCGCGUAAACAGAAAAGGUGAAUACACGUCUACAAGGUGGUGCGGAGAGGCAAGGCGCAAGGCACGGCGAGGCAGAGGGCCAUUCUGAUGCAUUGGUUUUACAACGCUGCACCCCACGCGACAUCUAUGCGAACCUCUGCAAAGCUCAGGUUGAUAUCGUAGGUCCCUCCGCAGCUUGUAAAGACCGUAUUGUGUAGUUUGGAAGCUGGGACGAGCUCCGCCCGCGCUGCUUUCCCCUGUGGGUCUGGAGCUAGACGCAUUGCCAGCUAGAGCCAGUUCUGCGGUGCGGUGUCGCGCUUUUUGCGAUCCCCAAGCAACAGAACGCGCCUUUCCUCUUCCGAUCCGUCAACUCGAUUCCAGCUACUAGCAACAUCACUAACGAGCUGUCUUGUCAGAUUGCCGACGUCCAAACCCGCAUGAGCACAAUAGCGCGCGAUCCCGAAGGAGGCUAUUCAACAUGGGAAAGCAACUGGAUCUGGGACACCAUCUGCGGUAUCCCAUCACCGUCAGCAAGCUAUUAAAGGCGCCCGGCGAUUCGAUUAAGAAGCAGGAGCCGAUUUUACAAUACAAGUUCACCACCGUCCGAGAGGUAGGCGAUCCGUUUGGCGAACAAUGGAAGGAGAAGCAAGUAACCUUCGCCGACUGGGAUAGUCCUUCAGAUGGAACCAUGCGCAAAUGGAAGAUACAGGAGGGCAUGGUCAUUGAGAAAAACAUGAUGUUUGCCGAGAUCGAGGAGGAUUGUCCCCAUUCAAUUCAAUUCGCAGGCCUUUGUGGCAUAUGCGGAAAGGAUAUGACGGAAAUGUCAUGGGCUAGUGCCAAAAACGAUACCGAUCGAGCCAAAAUCAACAUGAUACACGAUCAAACCGCCCUCACAGUCAGUCAAGACGAAGCAUCCAAGGCCGAAGAGGAAUUACAGCGGCGUUUGUUGAGAGACCGAAAACUGUCCUUGGUGGUGGAUUUGGAUCAAACAAUUAUACACGCAUGUAUCGAACCGACCAUUGGAGAAUGGCAAGCGGACCCAAGUGCGGGCAAUUAUGAGGUCCUCCAGCAGGUCAAGUCUUUUCAAUUGAACGACGACGGCCCUAGAGGCCUUGCUAACGGAUGUAAUUAUUAUAUCAAAAUGCGUCCGGGAUUGAAGGAAUUCUUGAACAAGGUUUCUGAGAUGUACGAACUGCACGUCUACACCAUGGGCACUCGAGCAUACGCCUUGAACAUUGCCAAGAUUGUCGACCCAGACAAGAGAUUAUUUGGCGACCGGAUUAUCAGUCGCGACGAAAACGGUAACAUGACAGCCAAGAGUCUAGCUCGAUUAUUUCCUGUGGAUACCAAGAUGGUUGUGAUCAUCGACGAUCGAGCUGAUGUUUGGCCCAAGAAUCGAAUGAACCUCAUCAAGGUCCACCCCUACGACUUUUUUGUGGGAAUUGGAGACAUCAACUCGACAUACCUACCCAAACGAGAAGAACUUCCCAAGGAUGUUGAGAUACCUAAACUAAAGCCAUCGAAACCCAUUGAGGCGGCCGCAGUGACCUCAGAGGGCAAGACUGAUGGCAUAGGCGCAACUCGUGUAUCAAGCAAAACACCCAUUGCCCCUACUGAGGGUGCAAAGGUUAGCGCUUUAGAAGAACUGGUACGUAUGGGUGGCGGUGAUGACCAAGCUUUGAGGCUUGAGCAAGCUGCCGAACAAGAGAACCUCUUGGAAAAGCAGAUAAAGGAACGGCCGCUAUUACAUAUGCAGGAGCAACUCGACAAGGAGGAAGAUGAGGCAGAUGAUGAAGAGGCUAAGGAGGAAGUGAAAAAUGGUGAGACUGUGACUGAACACCCUCAUCACAAACACAACUUGCUCAAAGAUGACGACAUUGAGCUGAUGUAUCUGGAAAAACAUCUCACACAGAUCCACAAAUCUUUUUACGAACAAUAUGACGGUGCGCUGGUUAAUGCCCAAGGUGGGCGAAUUGCACAGUUAAAGCCCAGCCACAGCAGAAAAGUUCCAAUAAAGGAAAAGGCAGGUGAUCUGAGCAUCGUCCCAGAUGUUGCAGAAGUCAUGCCACGAAUUAAGUUGUUGCCCCAGCUCUACUACUAUAUUAAUUUACUGACCCUCGACAGAACCAGAACACUUGAAGGUUGUGUAAUAGUAAUGUCGGGUCUCGUGCCGUUAGGCGUUGAUAUUAUGAGGUAAAAUAACUACAAAUCUUUCAAAAAUCAUCUACAUUCAUCUCCUUGGUGGAAAUCGAGGUUUAAACAUUUAUUGGAUGGGACUUACUUUUCAAUAUAGAUCAGAAAUCGCUCUGCAGGCAAUGAGCUUUGGAGCAGUAAUUCAUUACAAGUAAGCUAUAAACACCUCCGUUCUAUAAUCAUGAGCAACGCUAAUUAUACCAGGGUCUCGAGCAAAGUUACUCACUUAGUAGCCUCAACGAGCCGAACUCGCACGACUAAAGUCAAGCAAGCAGCACGACGAGAGAAGAUCAAGAUUGUCAGUCAACAAUGGCUCUUGAACUCGAUGAGUAAAUGGAAGAAAGAGGAUGAGGGACCAUAUCUUGUACAUGUCUCAGAAUCAGACCGCAAGCGAGCAGCUGGUGAAGAAGGAUCAAGUCCGCCAUCCGAUAUGAAUGAAACGGACGACAGUUCUGACGACGAAAGCGCAAGCAGCGGUGGUGAAGAAACGGACAGCAUCCCCUCAAAUAGUCAAGACAUGAGUCUGGAGCUCGACGAUCUUGCGCCCUCCGAGGACUACGAUGAAGGACAGUCUCCUGUCGAGCAAAUGAACAAUUUCGAUUGGAAUUUAGCCGAUGCGGAACUCGAAGCAUUUAUGGACGAAUCCGACUCGGAAGCUAGCGAUACGGCAAGCGAGAUUAGCACGAACAGCGGCGAUCGAACUCCGCGAUCGGGUGAGAAGCGAAAGUAUAACGAUCGAGAGGAGUCGGUUGAUUCGGAUGGGGACAGUGACGCAGAGAGCACGCUAGCUAAGAAACAGAGAGUUGCGAAUAAGAGGAGUACGGGGUUGAAGAGUUUAACUAGUGAGCAGAGUCUUCCAACACCGGGCCCGACGAACGAUGGAGAAGGGGGUGAAGAUGACGGUGCUAGUAAGGGGAUUCAAGAGGACGAUGAGGAUGAUGGUUUUGAUUUGGAGAGAGAGUUGAUGGAGCAGUUGGAGAAUGCUGACUCGGAUGGUGGUGGUUGAUGUUCUUUUUUCCAGAAUCCGACCUUUGUUGUUGCGAUAACCUACG